AUGGAACAAGAAUAUAGCUCCUUGUCUGAAGAGUUCCAAAAAAUAUUAUUGACUUCUUCUUCUGUGACUGGGCCCAAUGCUUUAAAUAAGGCUGAAGAUAUAGAUAUCAAUGGGGAUAUAUCGGAUAAGUUGAUCACCUCACAACAUGCGGAUUUGUAUGAAGAAGUCACUGAGUUAGAUACACCUGAUUUUGAUAAAUGGGUACCAUUUUUGAGAGGCUAUAUUGAAAAAGGCCAAUUGAAUGCUGUAAUUGAUGAAUUGGAGGCUUCCAUUGAUGAUAACUUUAACCAUGUAGAAUACGAACUUUUACAUGAUUCUCAAUUGAAUGAUAACCUAGAAUCUUUUAUUACCUCUAUCUCAGGGAUUCAAUCUACAAUUCAAAAUGAUUUAUUAGAUGAAGUCAAGUCUUUACGGAAUCAGUUAAACCAAUCAACUAAUGAUCUUAUUUCAAAAAAACAAUCAUAUCUAAACAAUAAAAAGACUACAUUGAAGAUUGCAGAAGCUAGAAUCAUUAUGAAUAAAGUUGUAAGGUUGUUAGAAUUAUCAAGCAAUUGCCAAACCUUGAUCCAAGAGAGAAGUUUCUUCAAAGCUUUGCAAAGUUUAGACAUCUUAGAAAGAAUGUACUUACAGGAAUUUAAAAAUACAAAUUUUGAUUUUUUGAAGGAAUUUUACAAUUCACUUCCAGUCUUGAAAUCCAUUAUUGAAGAUGAAUGUUUAAAUCUAAUCAAAAACUCUUUUAAUUCAAAUUUGGGUAAGAACUUAAUUGAAGUUGGUAAAAGCAUAUUCUCUGUUUACAAAGAACAGUUAUAUCCUGCAUGGAUUGAACGUAAAACUUCGAUGAAAUUGUAUUCAAAUUUUUGUUUUAAUUCACCUGCAGAAAUAUCUACCAGAGAUCAAAGUGUGUUGGAAGGAAUUACUUCAGAUCAUUUUUUCAGUUUGGAUGAAUUUCAUGAUACUAUUUUGAUAUUUGAAAGAUUAAAUGAAUUACCAUACCUAGUAUCUGAAUUUGAAAAGGAAUAUGAGUUUAGAAAGUCUAAAAUAGUAUAUCCACUAUCAUGGAAGAAGACUGUUUCUAAUAACCAUAAAGGAACGACAACAACAAUAAAUCCAAACUCCAUACCGGGUGAGAUUACAGGAGAUGCUUUUACAGAACAAAUGAGUAUCCCGUUUUUCUUUGAGUAUUUCGCCAAAAUUAUAGGAUUUCUAUUGUAUGAUAUACAUCUGAACAAUUCUACUGAUUUUUUAUUAGUUGAUCGAAAUCAAAACACGACUAAUGAAUUUUGGAAAAAUUUAAUGAACCGAUUAUAUCAAUAUUUGAAAUAUUUUUUAAAUAUAAUGCUUAAUAAGGAGGAAGAGUUAAUUGAAUUCAAAGACUUGUUAGCAGUAUUCAUUUGUAUUCUAGAAAAUUAUAAAUUGAAUAUAGAUCUUUUGUAUGACAUCUUAGUGUCAAUAUUAGAGAAAUAUUGUGAAUUAAAAAUUGCAAGUUUUGAAAAGGAAUUUACAGAUUUAUUAAAUGAGGAUGAUUUUAUGCCUUUAAAAGUAAAUAAUCGCUCAUUAUAUGAAAAAGUGAUUAAAGUGUGUUGGUUAACCAAAGAUAAACAACUACAUGAUACAGUUAUGAAAAAUAAUCAAGAUAACGAGGGAUUUUCUGUAAUAUUGCCAUUUUCCCCUUUGUAUCCAAUGACUAUAACCAUAAUCAAGAAGAUUUACAAUGAUUUUACAAAGUUUACGAAUGAAUUUUAUAGACUCAACUUAUCUCAAAUAAAUAACAUAAUUAUUAACAAUAUGGAAGCCAUAACUGAUAUUGUGAAUAAUAUGAUUAGAGAAAAAUUGGAUAGUACCUCAAGAGAAGAAAUUUCUCAAAUAUUAAUUAACUUAGAUUAUUUUAUCAUAGGUGCUAAAGAAAUGAGUAAUUAUAUGAGUAGAGAAAAUGUUUUGAAGAACCCGGAUAUUGAAAUUAGAUUAUCAGCUAUGAAGAAUUUUACCGAGAGUAGAAAAAUGGCUGAAACCAAAUUGAUUGAAUUAAUUGAUUCUAAGAUAUCAGAUAUCUUAGAAACAGUCAACUUUGAAUGGGAUUCUAAAAAUAUUAGACAGGAACCAGAUAUAACAAUCAUUGAUUUAGGCCAAUUUUUGGAGAUGAUGUUUGCAUCAACUUUAAUUAACUUACCAUAUAGUGUUCAAACGCUACUAAUUUUUAGAGAAUUUGAUUCUUUGACUAGAAAGGUGUUAGAAAUUCUUUUAACUGAGACGCCAAAUCAUAUAACACAAGAGAGUGUGCAUAAUUUUGGUAUAGACAUUGAAUAUUUACAAAGUAUUAUACCUAGAAUCUUUUCUUUCUCAAAGGAUGACAAUGCUGAAAAUAUUGACUCACUUACCGUUGAUAAUUACCACAAUACUAAUAGUCGUACCUCUACACCUGUGACUCCAUCGACACCAACAUUUAGCGGACCAGCUAUUCAAAACAAUCCAACAACUCUAUACGAGAAUAACAUAAAAUCUUUAGAAGAAACAUUCACUGAGUUAAAUCAAUGUAUUGAAUUGAUGAAGUUAAGAGACCCCCAAAUGUAUUCAGAUCCAGAGAUGAGAAUGAAGAAGUUUUCACGUAUUAAAAGUGAAGAAGCAAAGAUAUUAUUAGAAAAAGUUAGAAAUAGGACUUUAUCCAAUGAGGAAACCUCCAGCAAUUCUGAUCCAAGUAAUGAUACGUCUACUGAUGAAAAAGAAUCUACCAUAGAGUUAAACACAAAAAGAUUAGCUAACUUCUUUAACCGUAGAUGA